GUUUGCUUAAUAGCACACAUUCCCAGCAGAUGAAGCUCAGAAGCCCCUUUUUCUUCAGUGCCUAAGGUUAUCCUGGCAAGAUUGUAGUGUGGCAGCCAAAAUUUGAUCAUGGACAACCCAGGAAUUUACAGUGUUGAUGGAUAUGAGAAAGACACCGGAUCCUUUACAUUUUCGGACAGGAUGAAGUUUCAGGCAUCUGGACUUACGCCCUUUGAAAUAGAUGAACCCAAAGGCCAGAAAGAGACCCGCAAAAGGUGCAUUUUGGCUCUGGUUACAAUGUACCUGAUUCUGCUCACUGCAGGCUUCGGACUGUUGGCCUAUAAAGUCUAUGAGAUGAAGAAAGACUUGGAAAAGAACAAAGUCAACUUACCUUUAGCAGAAAAACUGGCAAGCUAUUUUGUCAACGACACCAAGCUUGCCAAUGAUAUUGAGCAAAUGGACGCAAGCUCACAAAGACAAGGAGACAAUUGGAUCAGAAAUCUAAAGGAAGAAAUUCACAUAAUCAAACUGAGCAACCAACAUUUACAAUGGAGAAUGACCAAUUUUACAGAACAACUGGAAAGUCGUGCACUUCAAGGGCCUCCGGGACCUCCAGGUGCAGGAUUGCCUGGACCAAAAGGAGAAAUUGGAUCUCCAGGAAUGAGAGGACCUCCAGGUACCCAGGGAGAGAAGGGCGAUACAGGAACCAUGGGGCCAAAGGGUUCAAAAGGAGAGCAAGGACUGCAAGGUUUAAUUGGACUUGAUGGUGAAAAGGGAUCUGAAGGAAAUCUUGGGCCGGCUGGUCCAAAAGGUGAACCAGGAACAAAAGGGGAAAUGGGAGACAGGGGACCUCAAGGUCUUCCAGGACCACAAGGACCAGCUGGUGGAAAGGGGGAUCUGGGCCCACAAGGACCAGUUGGUCUUAGAGGAGAGAAGGGCGUGCAGGGAGAACGAGGCCUGCCAGGUACAAGUGGUCCCCAAGGACCUCCUGGACAACCAGGUCCUGCAGGCAGCAUGGCACCACCAGGACGUCCUGGCCCAAAGGGAGCACAAGGGGAGAAAGGACAGAAAGGAGAAGCAAGUACCCUUCCAGGAGUACCAGGAGUGAAAGGCGAUAAGGGGGAAAGGGGUUACAAAGGAGAUCCAGGCAUACCGGGAAGUAAAGGGUCGAAGGGAGAUCAGGGAAUGACAGGGAGCAAAGGCAUGCCUGGUGAAAAAGGAAGUAAAGGAAGUGCCGGAUCUAAUGGGGAGAAAGGCGAACCAGGAAGAAAAGGAGACAAAGGCUCUCAGGGAUAUAAAGGAGCAACAGGAGCACAAGGGAUUAAAGGUGAAAGGGGGUAUUCAGCAGCGAGCAGUUCUGUUGUAAGACUUGCUGAAGGACGUCAGCGUGGCCGAGUUGAGGUUCUGUAUGAAGGAGUAUGGGGUACCAUAUGUGACGACAGCUGGGACAGUAAUGAUGGAGCUGUGAUUUGUCGGAUGCUGGGAUUUAGCCGAGUAGUUGAAACCUUCACUGCAACUGCAGGCUCUGGAAGAAUCUGGUUGGAUGACGUGGAAUGUACCGGAACAGAAUUAUCCAUUUAUUCAUGUAGAAAACGAAACUGGGGUGACAACAACUGCAGUCAUAAUGAAGAUGCUGGGGUAGAGUGUGCCUAAUGGAAAACAGUUCUGCUCCGAUGUCUGAGAAACAAUACCUUAAUACUGAUAAUUCCACGAAGAAGUGUGCAUGGCACUGUCCUUCAGAGUAUAUCUCUUUGCUAAUUAGAGAAUGGAUUAAU